AUGUACCAGAACAGCACUGUCAUGGUCCAGCGCAGUGAGGCUGCACUCAGCUCUUUUGUGCAGGACUUCCCCACCCUAAGGAAGAUAGCAGAAACCAAAAAGGACAAGCAGAAACCAAAAAGGACAAGGGCAGCACCCUGACCUCUCCCCUCACCUCAGGCACUCCAACAGCAGGAGCCCAGGUCCAGACCCACACAACAGGUCUGUCCUCCCCCCUGCCUGCCUAUGACCACCAGAGCCAAGACCACACUACCAUCAGCCUGCUGAGAGACAGGCUGGCUCUGUUAGAGGUAUGGGUUACUGAGUUAAAGGAGCAGCCCCCCUGCUACACCACCUCCAGCCCAGACACAGAACUUCUACAGGACCAGAUCAACCAGUGCAGGACCCAGCUGAAGAACUCUGUCCAGGAGCUGAGAGAGAGCCUCACCACAGCUCUUGAGGAGGUAAAGGCCACCAUGAGGAGAGAGCUAGUGUGGGUAAAUGAGGAGAUGGCAAAGGAGUUGUCUGUCAUCAAGAGGGUGCUGCAGCAUAGAGAACAGACUGUAGAGACCCCUAGAGAGAAGCUGCAGAAAGUAAACUCUGACAUCACCAGAGGGUGUGGCCUACUCCCGAACGUGCACGUUGCUCACAACAAUCACCCCAUAGCAUCUGCACGACCACUCCCACCUGAGGAAGCAGACAGUAGGGAUGUUUGCUAAGUCUCUAAAAUACAUGGCACUUGGUAGACAAACACCCCAUGCCGCACUGGACAGAGGACCACCCAGAGACCCCUACCAGACCACUGCAACACCAAGGAGCCCCAGGCCCCCUCAACGCCCUACCAGACCCAACGCACCCCACAGGCCCAACCCACCACCAGAGCAUCACCACUUCCAUUGGCCUAGCCAGACUGGACCGGGCCCAGCCUACUACCCCGCACCAGACCACCACCUCUAUCAGACCAGAGAGGAAGCCCCCCGGUCCAGACCUGGCCCCCCUCCACUCCACAGGGCCCAACAGCAGGACCAGCGCACCUACGCGGAG